AUGUCCGUUUCAGCGAUGGCAGAUGUCAGCGACGCCCAGAAAAGCCCUGCUCUCGAUUUACCCGAGUACACAUUGAAGGAAGUUGCACUGCAUAACCGCAAGGACGACAAUUGGAUAGUGAUUCACGGACAAGUGUACGAUGUGACAAAAUACCAACAAGAUCAUCCCGGCGGCGCAGAUGUUCUGGUUGAAGUUGCCGGCUCAGAUGCGACAGAAGCAUUUGAAGACAUCGGUCAUUCAGAAGAUUCGCGCGAGAUUCUGCAAGAAUAUCUGAUCGGAACCCUUCAGGGCGGGAAAGAAUAUGUCCCUCCGAAGAAAGUUCGCGUCAUCGCUCAGAGCUCCGUUGAGACUCCUUCUUCAUCAGCAACCCGAUACGUAGGAACCGUCACCAGUCUUCUGGGAGCAGUCGCCUCCUUGAUCUAUGUCUACCGUCGCGGUUCUCUGCACGGACUUGACACCACGUGGUCGCUUCGCGGAUAUCUCUCUCAGCAUUUAAGCGGGCUAAGGCUGCCGCAGGGAGGCUUCGCCAAUGGAUUCAUCGCAGCUGCUCUGAUAUGUGCGGCAGCCGGAGGUGUUAUCGCACGUCAAGCCGCCAAACUCACCAAGAUCGAGUCGGGAUUCCUGCAGUAUCCGCCGCAUAUCAAGGCACGUAAGGUGCCCAGGGCUGACCCGCACUUGCUUAAAGGGUUCCUUGACCCGAAGGAGUUUCAGCGCCUGCCUCUGAUCCAGAAAGAUCAGUUAUCUUCAAACGUAUACCGCUUCGUGUUUGGGUUACCUGAUAGCAACGGAGUGAUUGGUCUUCCCAUCGGUCAGCACGUCGCCAUUCGCGCUGUUAUCGACGGUGCCGCCGUGAGCCGGUCGUAUACACCCAUUUCGAACAACCUAGACCGAGGAAGACUGGAAUUAGUCGUGAAAUGCUAUCCGGACGGCAUGCUCAGUGGAAAGUACCUAGCGAGCCUGCAAGUGGGUGACGAGGUCGAAUUCAGAGGCCCCAAAGGAGCGAUGCGCUACAAACCAGGGUUCUGCAAGAAGCUAGGAAUGGUAGCCGGGGGAACAGGAAUCACACCUAUGUUCCAGCUGAUUCGUGCUAUCUGCGAGGACGAACGUGACACGACAGAGAUUAGCCUUAUCUACGCCAAUAGAACCGAGGCAGACAUCUUACUGCGGGAUGAACUCGAGCAGUUUGCACGCAAAUACCCCAAGAAUUUCAGGCUGUGGUACAUGGUUGACACUGCCCCGGAGAAUUGGGCGUAUGGAAGCGGAUUUGUCAACCAGGAGGUCCUCAGUGAGCGGCUAUUCGCGCCUUCGCCUGACACCAAGGUUCUCCUCUGCGGGCCUCCGGGCAUGGUGAGCGCUACCAAGAAGACGCUGGCUGCGAUGGGAUUCCAGAAGCCAGGACCAGUUUCUAAGAUGGCCGACCAGAUUUUCUGCUUCUAA